AUGUCUUCCUCCGACAGUAGUGCUCUGCUGGACGUAGAAUUUCUUGUCGUCGGCGGUGGGCUUGCUGGUCUUACAGUCGCGUUCGCGCUCGCAGAAGCUGGGCACCGCGUGCGCGUCAUCGAGAAGCGUGGACUUGGCGUUCCCGCAGGCGGGAUACGGGUGCCCCCCAACGUGAGCAAGCUGCUCGCGCAAUGGGUGCCCCGCGAAGAGCUGCUACGCAUCGGCAUCCCCUGCGCUGGGACGCCCCUCCGUCACUUGGACGAUGAUGGCAAAUAUGUCGGGUUCCUCCACUGGAAGGCCGACGUCAUGAGGGAACUUGGCGGCGACUUCCUGGUCAUGCACCAUGAAGACCUCCAUAGACUGCUCUACGAGCUCGCGACGUCCGUCGGCGUGCGCGUCGACUUCGAAACCGAAGUUGUCGCCGUCCAUCAAGGCUCGGACAAGGUACCCAACCCGAGCGUAUCGCUCUCAACAGGCGAGGUCAUCACCGCGGACUUCUUGAUUGGCGCAGAUGGCCCGCGGAGCAUCGUCCGCAAGACCGUCCUCGGGCGGGAAGACAUCGUGGAGCCGAGCUACCUGACGGUGUACACCACUACGAUACCGGGCGAGAAGAUGAGGGAAGAUCCGGAGAUGCGGCAGUGGCUAGAGUCGCCUGAUUGGCCGAUAUGGAUGGGCAAUAAUCGUAGCAUAUGUGAGACAUGGGAGGACCUCGUACCUGUCAACAGCCUUGACUUUUCGAGCCACGCACCAAUAGUGCAGAAGCUCCUGAGCUUCGCACCACACCUCAUACAGGGUAUCGAGCGCUGGUUUGACGACACGAGCAGGAUCGUGCUCAUAGGCGAGUCGGCACAUCCAUGGCAGCCCGGAGGCACGCACUCCGUGAGCAUCGCGCUCGAGGACGCCGUGCUUUUCGGCACGCUCUUCGCGCGGCUCGCCUCCUGGGAACAGGUGCCGUCCUUCCUCUCCGCGUACCAAGAGCUCCGCGAGGAGCGCUGCGCGAUCGCCCGCGCGAGACGCGCGGGAUGCGACAUGCGCAAGAGCAGCGCAGACGAGUGGGACGAGGGGAUGACGAAGGAGAACUUCGAGGAGAUGGCAUGGGUCUUCGGCUACGUCGCGUCGGACGAGGCGGAGGAGUGGUGGGUCAAUUGGGGGCGGUACGCUCAGGAGAUGAGGGGCGGCGAGGAGACGAAGCACAUGAGCUUCAACUUCCAGAUGAUGGCGAUGAUGGCGUCCGCACAUACGGAGGUUACACACGAGGCGUCGACUGAGGAGUGA